AUGACAGCUACAGCAUCAGCUGUUACGGCGACUGCUGACGAAGACUUGGACGAGUGUGGACCACAACUAAUAAAUAAAUUAGAGGGAAAUGGAAUAACUUCAGGAGAUAUUAAAAAGCUAGAAGAGGCCGGCUACCAUACAGUGGAAUCGGUUGCAUAUGCUCCAAAGAAAUGGUUGAUCACUAUUAAGGGUAUAUCAGAGGCUAAAGCAGAUAAGAUAUUAGCAGAAGCAUCCAAGCUAGUACCAAUGGGUUUCACUACAGCUACUGAAUUUCAUCAAAAAAGAUCUGAGAUAAUUCAGUUAACAACAGGAUCUAAGGAGCUAGAUAGGUUGCUAGGCGGUGGAAUAGAAACUGGUUCUAUCACUGAAAUAUUUGGAGAGUUCAGAACGGGCAAGACUCAGAUAUGUCACACUUUAGCUGUUACAUGUCAGUUGCCUAUAGAGCAGUCUGGAGGUGAAGGCAAAUGCAUGUACAUCGACACAGAAGGCACAUUCCGUCCCGAGAGGCUGUUAGCUGUUGCCCAGCGCUAUGGGAUGGAUGGUGCAGCAGUGUUGGACAAUGUUGCUUACGCAAGAGCAUAUAAUACUGAUCAUCAAACCCAGUUAUUAGUCCAGGCGUGUGCCAUGAUGGCCGAGUCCAGAUAUUCCUUAAUAAUAGUAGACAGUGCUACAGCAUUGUACAGAACUGACUAUUCAGGCCGUGGAGAAUUGAAUUCAAGGCAACUACAUCUUGGCAGAUUCAUGAGGAUGUUAUUGAGACUAGCUGAUGAGUUCGGCGUAGCAGUAAUAAUAACAAACCAGGUAGUGGCCCAAGUGGAUGCUGUGGGCGUAUUCAACGCUGACACAAAGAAGCCCAUCGGAGGGCACAUCAUUGCUCACGCGUCCACCACGCGACUUUACUUGAGGAAGGGACGGGGAGACAACCGGAUAUGUAAGAUAUAUGACAGUCCUUGUCUACCAGAAACUGAAGCAAUGUUUGCAAUUAGCACUGAGGGUAUCACAGAUGCAAAAGAAUAA